GGUAUCGCUACCGGUACUUUUAGCGCAUGCAGCCUCACAACGGCAACCCUCCAAAAUUUCCCCGUAUUUACAUCUCGACCUCAUUUUCAUAUACACUCGAAACAAUCAAGACAAUCACAAAAAUCGCACAAAUAAUAUCCAAAUAUGGCAGACCUCGAUACUGGUACAUCGGCGCCUCCCGUCAAGAAAAAGUUCUCUCUUUUUAAGAAGAAGUUGACCAUAGCGCAAGCUCCAGAGCUUAAACCGGGGAUGGACCAUACCGAUGCUUUUAGUCGCGCAAAAGAUCUGUUUCCACUACAUGCUAGGGAGAAGGAGAUUAAGAGGGAAAAGAAGAUCGCGAGUUUAGAGAGAAAGCGUUCAUCGCAGAGCAGGGAGAAAUCAUCUUCAAGUCCGAGAGUAGAAAAAAGGAAGUUCUCGAAUGAGGAUGUGCAAGAAAAGGUAGAUUUGGAUAGUGAGACGGAAGAUGAAGAACUGGCUAGGAAAUCGUCAAUAUCUACACCUGAUAGUCGCAAGUCGCAAACGGGAUCUCCGCAGAAGAAGCGUCGUUCGCCGGGGGGGUUGAUGGGUCGUUUUGCAAAAGAUAUACAUAGUAGAAGUAGGAAGAGCGAAGAGCAGGAAGUUAUUGCAAAGGGCUAUAUAUCUGUGAGCGACAGUGACAGCGACGAUGCCGCGCCUGUUACGCAGCGAAUCAGCAGAAGUUCCUCUCCCAUUGUGACAUCGGCCGAACCAAUUCCUAUCAUUGAGGACGAAGACGAAGAUGCAUUUUCCGAAGAGGAAUUUCCGGAACUAUUGGCAAAGGCUCGAGAAAACAAGAGACUUGCGGAUCUAGCUCAAGAGAGGAGUAAUGCCGAAUGGGCAAAUAAAAAUCAUGAACCGGACAGAAAUGCAGUCGACGACGAUGUUUUCCAAGAUGACAAAAAAGCCGAACCUGUACUAGAAAUAUUUAUCUCGUCUCGACUGGAAAACACCAAGAAUUUAAUUAUUAGGCGGAAACUUCAUCAGCGUCUACGAGAAGUUCGACAGGCUUGGUGCGGGAAACAAGAAAUUGACGGAAUACACAUGGAUAAAGAAUUGAAAGAUUCUAUUUUACUCACCUGGAGAAAUAAACGAUUAUUCGAUUCCAUGACAUGCGCAUCCCUUGGCCUUGACUUUAACACGAAUGGCGAUGUCGAUACCACAGGUGAGGGUUUCAAUAGUGGUAGAAUACAUAUGGAAGCAUGGACAAACGAUCUCUGGGAUGAAUGCUGCAAGGCAGCCGAAGCUGAAGAAAUCAGCGACGACGAAGAAGAAGAACCUGUUGAAGUUGUACCCGAACCAGUCAACAAGAUGAGAUUGAUACUCAAAGCCCAAUCGAAAGAUAUCAAGGAAUUCAAAACCUAUGUCAAGCCCACGACCACGAUCAAGAAAUUGGUAGAUGGAUUCAGAAGUACGAAUCAGAUUCCGGCGGAUAAGAAAAUCAUCCUGAGCUUUGAUGGGGAUCAUUUGGAGCCAGAAUCUACAGUGGAAGAGGCGGAUUUCGAUGAUAUGGAUACAGUGGAUGUCUUAAUCAGAUGAUGACAUGACGUACUGCUUGACGACUGUUGGUGCUUUUGUUGACAACUAUUGGCUCAUGGAGAAUGAUGGUGUUUUUGGGAAUUGAAAGCGUGUGUAGGUGUACUGGCUGGCAAAAUAUUGAUACCCUGAAUGAAUUUACUUUCCUUGGUUCUGAUAUGGAGGACCUGCUACAUGUUCGACUGCUGUUCUUCAAUUUAAUGCGAGGACUUGGUAUUUGUUCCUGAUUUACGUAUGUAGGAUAUAAGCAUCGGUCAAAAUAUAACUAUGCAAAUUCACAAUUUUCGCGUAAUUGAGCCCAGAUUCAUAGAUUGGACAAGUGGACAGAAGAAACUCGAUUGAAAGUGGAAAGAAAGAUAAUGGCGCCACCAGAUAAGAAUCUAGAGCUAUCA